UACACCUCUAUGGUCCAAAAGGCUUUUUUGCGUCGUGCUUCCGACGACUUCCUGCGGCUCCUCUCGCGGGGAUUGGCUGUUGGCGGCGUUGUGGCUGAGCUCGUGUGCGGCGGCAGUAUCGACAGCGGCUGCAGCAAAGAAGAGUUUGGCGCGAUGUCUCAUACCAUUCUGCUGGUACAGCCAACCAAGAGGCCAGAAGGCAGAACUUAUGCUGACUAUGAAUCUGUGAAUGAAUGCAUGGAAGGAGUUUGUAAAAUGUAUGAAGAACAUCUGAAGAGAAUGAAUCCCAACAGUCCCUCUAUCACAUAUGAUAUAAGUCAGUUGUUUGAUUUCAUCGAUGAUCUGGCAGACCUCAGCUGUCUUGUUUACCGAGCUGAUACCCAGACAUACCAGCCUUAUAACAAAGACUGGAUCAAAGAGAAGAUCUACGUGCUCCUUCGUCGGCAGGCUCAACAGGCUGGGAAAUAAUUGAGCUGGAAGCAUUAGGGGGCUGGGGGUGGGCUUGGAACACAGGUGUGUACAGCGUGCUGUAGUGAAAGUUUUGUAUUAUAGUAAUCCUGUUUCCAUUUUGUUACACUCUGGCCAAGAUUGAAUGUAUUAGAUGAAAUGUGAGGGUCUUUGAGGAUCUUUUCAAUCUGAAACCCCAGUUGCCCCCUUUUUCUUUCUUCCUUUUUUUUUUUUUUUUUACUUAAACAUUUUUAUGAUUUAGGUUGCAGUUGCUCUUUGUCAGUUUAUGUUGGUUCCAGUCCUUCGAACUAUUCAUAUCUGCUUUAUACAUUCACUGUACUAACCCUUCAAGAUCGGGUGGGGGGUGGUUGACACAGUUUAGUUAUGUCCUCAAGAUAAAGUCUUAGUGAAAAAUAAAUAAAUGUUCUUUAGUUAAUGGUU